CCAUCGGUAAUAAAAGUUCCCCUCCCUCUUUGAAGUUUUAAUACACAACCAGGGGAGCAACUUUGUGCAGUCAUCGUACAAGUAUAGAUACAUACAUAUAUAAACAGGGAGAGAGAAACAAGGUGAACGAGAGAGAGAGAGAGAGGGAGAGAGAUUUCUUGAGCAAUCAUGACAGACCAAUCUGAUGAAUUAGACCAGCUUCUUGACAGUGCUUUGGAUGACUUUCAGAAUCUUAAUUUCGCUUCUGCUGCUCAAAGAAGUGGAGAUAAGGGAGGAAACAAAGAAAAGAAUGGGUCUGUUGUGUCUGGUAGUGGAGUAAAAGGGCUGGGAAUGGGUUUGCCUGAUUUGAAAGCCAAGAAAAUGGGGAAGCAAAAGGUUUCGAAGGAGUCUCAUCAUGUUUCUGAGGCGCUUGACAAGCUGAGGGAGCAAACCAGGGAGACGGUCAAGGGAUUGGAGACGAUUACUGCUCCAGUACCCGAUUUUGGUAAUGAUGCCAUGAUGCAAGAUUUCGUCAAGCAGUUUGAGGAGCUUGCUGGUUCUCAGGACAUGAACUCUAUCAUGGAGACUAUGAUGCAGCAGCUACUGUCUAAAGAUGUGCUUCAGGAUCCUAUGAGAGAGAUUGGUGGAAGGUAUCCAAAAUGGUUGGAAGACCAUAAAGCUACAUUAAGCACCGAAGAAUAUGAAAGAUACUCCCAUCAGCAUGAACUCAUAAAAGAAAUUAAUGGAGUUUAUGAAACUGAGCCGGGCAACUUCAACAAGAUUGUUGAGCUCAUGCAGAAAAUGCAAGAGUGCGGCCAACCUCCCGAUGAUAUUAUGCGAGAGCUUGCUCCUGAUUUUGAUAUAUCUACUAUUGGCCAAUUAUCUCCAGAGAUGCUCAACUCCCAACAAAAUUGUUCUGUAAUGUAAGAAGAUUAUCUCUUGUAUUUUAAAGAGUUGUUAGCAACACAUAAGAAAUAAGGGUUGUUCAUUUGGAAUGUUAUGGGAUCAAAUGCUAAAUUUAUAUAUUACCCUUUUAAGUUUUAA